AUGAAGCCAGUGCUUGUUGACAGGGAACGCGACUUGGCUAUCUUCACAGCCCAAAAAGCCCUGAUCGCCGCAUUGGGCAUCACACCAGGAAGGCUCACCACCAAUACAGAGUCGCAGAAGAGUGUUUGCGUGUUUGGGUUUGGAGACGGCCUUCCUGUGCGUUCAAACGUGGCAACAGUCACGAGAAGCUGCCAGAUGUACAAGGAAAUUGAAGCCCUCAUCUUGAGAGGUAUGUCUGGUGGGGCAGCCCUCGAAGUCUCGUUUGACAAAGCUGGGAAGCUGCUGAUUUCGGACGUCAUUGACGGGGUGCUGUCAUUCAGGCUUGAUGCACAGACCGCCUACUACUCUGCAGUGUCAGAAGACAUCCUCGAUGACUCAGCCAAUCCUCCCAGCGUGCGUCUGCAAUGUGCCGAGAUUCUCCUGCAACGUUUGACACGCAGCCAUGCCACUUGGUGCUCUGAUUUUGACCAAGCAAUGGAGAAUGAUUUGGCUCCUGGUAUGGAAGCAUUGCAAGCGUGGAAAAUGGCUUAUGCCGAUGAACUCUGCUCUAAAGGGCUGCAGGAAUUGUGCGAAAUCUUGUGCUUGGACCCCAAGCUCUUCGCCUUUCCUCCAGACCAGGUGGAUUGUUCUGUUGGGGCAAGGGUUUUCGCAAGGUCCACAGCUCUGGCAGAUACAUCCUUGCAAGGCUUUGAGGACCUGGGGCGAACUGCAGUCAGAUUUGGGGUCAACGAUCGUCCAGAUCCACCUCGCCAGUGGUCACAGUUGUUGAGCCGCCUGAUGCCUUUCUCCUCUCUACAACAUUCAGUUCUCAAGAUUGACGAAACCUCCGUGCAUUCUCUGCCGGACGAACUUCGCGAUCUCUCCACUCGGCAGCCCAGUGGCGGUUCCACCCCACGGCCGGACGGACCGGCCCGCUUGGGCAACGACGGCGAUACACGACAGGACCAUCCUCACCAGUACCACUUUGACGUCGUCGCCGCUGCGAGGGAAGCCAACGUAGAUCACUAUGUGGGUGCCUCGCACUGGUGGGUGAAGCUGCGCCGCAUGGCCGUGGAUCCGGAGGUGAAAGUCUGGACGCGCGACUGUUGCAGUGAGACUUAUGGUCAGCGCCUGUUUCUGUUGAUGGGCAAUAGCUCGAAGAUUGAGGAAGCGGUGGAGUGUUUAUCCUUGGAGGUCUCGGAUGGCCAGCAGCUGCGGGUCAUUUGCCACGGAACUGGGGAAUAUCUCUUCGUUGAGGCACGGCCGGGCGGUGUGGGCGACGCGCAGAGCACGGCAGUGCUGAUGCUACCUGAGGUUCGUGUCCUGAGCAGAGAUUGA